CAGUUAAUGUUUUCAUACCAAGGAAGCUAAGCAUUGCCUUAGCAAUAACUGACCCUAGUUUUGGCAUUUAAUUUCAGGGAAACCUGUCCAACAGCGGCUUCUUUAACUUCUGAACGCCUCCAUCAGUGAUAUGGUGAUACAUAAUGAUCCAGAAGCUGACUUGUCUUAUCCAGAGUCAAACUCAAACUCAGGAAGAAUUAACACAAAGGCCAAAACUAAGGAGAGAGGCCAGUGGUCAAGUAAAGCUGAAUUUCUCCUGGCUGUUGCUGGACAAAUCAUUGGCCUAGGAAAUGUGUGGAGGUUUCCUUACUUGUGCUACAAGAAUGGAGGUGGUGUGUUUUUAAUACCAUAUUUGGUCUUCUUGUUUGCUUGUGGCAUUCCACUGUUCCUCCUGGAGAUAUCAUUGGGUCAGUACACCAGUCAGGGCAGCAUCACAUGCUGGAGGAAAAUCUGCCCUUUGUUUCAAGGAUUAGGCUAUGGAACUGUAGUGGUCCUGCUGUAUUCCAGCAUCUACUACCUUAUCAUUAUGGCCUGGGCAUUCUUCUAUCUCUUUUCCUCUUUUAGUACUGAGCUACCAUGGGCUACCUGCAGCAAUGCCUGGAACACUGAAAUGUGUGUUGACUUUGAUAAAAAGGACAAUUUUAGCAACUUCAGUAUAUCAGAGAAUGCAACUUCACCUGUUAAAGAGUUCUGGGAGAGGAGAGUGCUAAAUCUCACAGGCAGUGUGUAUGAGCUGGGCAAUGUGAGGUGGGAGCUGGCUCUAUGUCUCCUUUUAGCUUGGAUCAUUUGCUAUUUCUGUGUGUGGAAGGGAGUGAAGUCUACAGGCAAGGUGGUCUAUUUCACUGCUACAUUUCCUUAUGCGAUGUUGGUGGUGCUGUUGUUGCGUGGACUCACAUUGCCUGGGGCCACUGAUGGCAUCAGAUUUUACCUCUACCCAGAUCCUACACGUCUCACGGACCCACAGGUGUGGAUGGAUGCUGGAACUCAAAUCUUUUACUCCUAUGCUCUCUGCAUGGGCUGUCUCGCUGCUCUUGGAAGCUACAACAAGUACAACAACAACUGCUACAAGGACUGUAUUUAUCUAUGCCUGUUGAACAGUGGGACCAGUUUUGUGUCUGGAUUUGCCAUCUUCUCUGUGCUGGGCUUCAUGGCUUAUGAGCAGGAGACAGACAUCUCAAAAGUGGCAGAGUCAGGUCCAGGGUUGGCCUUCAUUGCAUACCCCAGGGCAGUUGCGAUGAUGCCUGUUCCACAACUAUGGGCCAUUUGUUUUUUCAUCAUGAUAGUAUUGCUGGGCUUGGACACGGAGUUUGUGGGGUUGGAGACAUUAAUGACAGCUAUAACUGACCUGUACCCUUCUUACUUACUCCGUGGAUAUCGGCGUGAACUCACCCUGCUCUUCAUCUGUGUUGGGAGUUUCCUCAUUGGCCUGGUUAUGGUAACAGAGGGCGGCUUGUAUAUUUUCCAGUUGUUUGAUUACUAUUCCUGCAGUGGGAUGACACUUCUGUUAUUCGCCAUUCUGCAGUCAGUGUGUAUAGGGUGGGUGUAUGGGGCUAAUCGCCUGUAUGAUAAUAUUGAGGACAUGAUUGGCUAUCGACCAUUGUUCUUAAUAAAGUACUCUUGGAAAUACAUCACUCCUCUAGUCUGCACUGGUACAUUUGUCUUCUCUCUGGUCAAAUUCAGUCCUCUGAAGUUCAACAAUAUAAUUGAAUACCCCUGGUGGGGCUAUGCUAUUGGCUGGUGGUUCACACUCUCUUCAACUCUGUUGGUUCCUCUUUGGAUGAUCUAUGCUCUCCUCACAUCCAGUGGCUCAUUCAGACAGAGAUUACAUGUUCUCUGCACCCCAAAAAGAAACCUUCCUCUGAACUCAAGGAAAAGAAAAAAAUGUCCAACUUUUAUUGGCUUUACAGCUGUACCACAAGGGCAAGAACAUCCUUGAAGCAAAAGUAUUCGGUUACCUUUGGGGUACUUGUCUACUGUGGGUUUUUUGUCUAUUUGUCUUAGUGUACAUCAGCUCCUGAAAAUAACUUUUACACACUGUGAUUUGUUAAUCAGUUUCAUGCAAAAUUUUUCAUCUACAGUAUUCGAGUAUUUCAUGUUACUCUGUGUACAGCAAGAUCAGAUAGCCUUUUGCAUGGAAUUAAUUAUGUUUUUUGUUCUUGCUAAAUGAACAUUUAUUACUUAUUGCAAAAGACUGAUGUAUGCAAUAAAGGGCAAUACUCCAGGGUGUCCCAAAAGUCUCCAUACAUAGGGGACAAUGUAUGCCAGCACCACGUUGGUUGUGCCUUCGUAUAUAUAUAUAUAUAAACUGAAUGAAAAUUCUGAAAAAUUUUGGAAGACAUUUUGAUAAAAAGUGUUAAUUUCCCCUAUUUAUGGAGACUUUUGGGACACCCUGUAGAUCACAUCAUCACUCCAUACAUAAAGUAUAUUUGAUAGAAUGACAGUAGAGGCAAUGUUUUUUCUUUAGAAUUGAUGCUUGUUUCAUGACAGUGCACUAGCCAGUGCUUCUUUAAAUAAAUUUCUCUGUGUUCUGACAACACGCACUAAAGGGCCCUCCAGAAUCAUUGGCACCCUUGAUAAAGAUAAGCACAAAUAAAAAUCUUUGUUGUCUA